GGAGCCCCUUAUAUGAUCUCCGCUUCGCAGCAAGGGCAAACCCAUUCCGGUAGUAGAGAUCCGGCAGGUGGUGUUUCGGCGGGCUACCAGCAAACUAGCAGCGGCGGGGACGCCGAGGGAGCCGUUCCAUCUUCACCUCCCGCACAGAACAACUACGUGCAGAGCAGCGCGUACGCGACCCCAGCUAGCCCUCAGUCAAAUCAGCAAUUUCCUGGGGGGUCCUCUGCGUCCGCCACCGCAACUUCGGGAUUCUAUGCCCCGGGGGAACAACAUCAACCCCCCUUUUCGGGAUACAGUGGUGGGGACGGUGACAUUAAUUCGUCG